UAAUUACUUGAGGAGACAGGAAGGAGAUAAAAAGAUGAAAUCUAAUUUGGCUACUUUUUACUGUUUCCAUGAAGGUAACUACCAAGCAGCUAGCCAAAUCUGCGAGAGACUGAAAGACAUGUCGGAGGUGGAGAGUGACGACACAAAUGCUCCCACUCAAACAAAAAGGCCAAGGAUAACUCCGAUUAGAUUUCGGGAAACACAGCUAACAGACAGCGAAGGAGAGAAGAAUGCCGAGGAAACACUAUGUGAUGACUAUUCAAUGCAGCAGUGUCCACCACCAUUGCCAUACUCUCUACCACCAGUUGUCCAUCCUCGGGUGUCCCCAAAUAGCGGCUGUAGACAAAGUUCUACUUCAGCUUUGCCGCUACAGCUCCAGAGCGCAUUCUCUGGUUGUCGUCCGUUUGGGACCCACACCCCCUUGGAAGCUCAACUAGAGAAACUUGGACAGCAGGUAGAGAAACUUGGACAGCAGGUAGAGAAACUUGGACAGCAGCAACUAUCUCUCCUGGAAGAGAUUAAAAAUGAUAUAAACAAUAUGAAAAGGAGGCUUGCAAGGUUGGAAGCACAACACCAGGAAAAAGAGGUGACAGGAGGAAAACUUCCUGAAGGAUUUCAGUUUCCCUUAACAUCUGCAGAGGAUGUUGACCACCUGGAGCGGGAUUUGAUGACAGAGCCAGGAAAACGGACACGCUUGGAAUGCCAUUUAGCCAUGCGUGGAGGAUCCACUUUAAAGCAGGUAGUGAAAACCAUGCUAUCUACACUAUUUUCUACUGAGUUAGCACGAAAUUACAACUUCAAUGGUCUGAAGGGGAAAAGGGGACUCAAAAACCACCCCUUUCUUUUACAAACAAUACAGGAUGCUGCAAGGAAAAGCUAUCCCCAUGCCACAGAUGCUGACAUGCAGGUGCACAUGUCCACGUGGUUAUCAGGUGCUCGGGAUCGAGAGAAUGGGAGGAGGGAGAGGGCUGAUCUGUCCAAGUCAGUACACAUGCAUUGUUCUGAGAUGGACCAUGAGUAAAGCUGUAUAACUUUAUCUGCUGAAAAAAAACUUUUGCUUUUCACUGGUUAGCGCAGAUUUUUAUUGUUGUGGGGUGGACCACAAGUAAAGCUGUACAACUUUCCUUUUCUUAGUUAUCAUAGUACACUUUUAAAUUUUGCAUAGUUGUUUGUUACUAGGUUAAAUGUCAUUAAUACCAUAGGCUCCAAUCCAACCUGGAACUGUUUAUAUUUAUUUUCAUGGAUUUUAUUUAUUUUAAGAAAUGCCUGUUCAAAUUUAAAUCACUCAUUUUUGAGAGCAAUUCAGUUCAUGCUCAUCAACUGAUAUAUUGUCAUGGAUCUUUGAACCUUUUCUUUGGAAAAAUAUAAUUAGUGUUAAAGAAACUGCAAUUUAAUUUUAACUCGUUCGCUACGCAAAUUAAGGUGGUCAAACCCCCCUGUACACGUACGUGAAUUUACCCUUUUUCAAAAAAAAAUAUUAAAAAAUAAGUAAACAAGAUAGAACGACAAUUCAAAUUGAUUAUGACAGAUCAAAAUGUCUAG